CUAACGCUCUGGCGUCAUGUUGGCCGACGUUCUCUUUUUGUUCGUGUUGGCCGAUGGGAGGGGCUGCUGAAUAAUAUCACUUAUGGCAAUAAAGAGGGGCUCAGUGCCCCUCGCGCUGGCUCAAUUCUUGAUGUUCUAUCAUAAUAACUUAAAUCUGUUUCUAUUUAAGCUCACAGGCUCUGCACCUUUUGAACCAUGGCUCCUACUUCCCUCGAGACAACCUACAAGCUGAACUCGGGAUAUGAGAUCCCGGUUGUUGGAUUUGGUGUUUAUCAAACGUAUGUUUCCCUAUUCUCCCCAAUUGGGAGGGCCUCCAGGUUUGGGUUUGCUGAACAUAUAUCCUAACGCAUUACCAGCCCGCCUGAUGUGACGGAGAAGGUGACCCUCAAGGCACUUGAACUUGGUUACCGACAUGUAUGUCACUUCAUUCUGUUCAGUUUGUCCAGAAUCAUCAAUACUUACCCCAUUAUCUUCGCUAUGGCUAGGUCGACUCUGCGGCGUUCUACCAAAACGAAGCAGAAACUGCCGAGGCCAUCCGAAAGUCCGGCAUUGACCGAUCCAAGAUCUUCUACACCACUAAGGUCCCCAGGACUCAUAUGGGAUACGAGAAAGCCAAACAAUCCAUUGAGGAAAGUGUAGCAAAAGCGAACCUUGGCUACAUCGAUCUCAUUUUGAUCCACGCCCCCUAUGGUGGCACUGAGGCUCGCCUGGGUGCCUGGCGUGCUCUCGUCGAGGCCCAGAAGGCAGGCAAGGUCCGCUCCAUUGGUGUCUCCAAUUACAGCAUCGCUCAUCUUGAGGAGCUGGAAGAGUACAUUAAGAACGGGGGUGGUGGCGAGAUCUCGGUUGGCCAGUAUGAGAUUCACCCGUGGUGUGCUCGAGAAGACAUCGCCGAGUGGCUUAAGAAGCGCAACAUUGUUGUUGAGGCCUAUUCGCCACUUGUUCAAGCAAAGCGAAUGUCCGAGCCUGUCCUGCAGGAAUUAGCCAAGAAGCACAACAAGUCUCCUGCCCAGAUCUUGGUCCGAUGGAGUUUGCAGAAGGGCUAUGUUCCUCUUCCGAAAUCUGUAACAGAUUCUCGUAUCCUCGAAAAUUCUCAGAUCUUUGAUUUUGAAUUGUCCAAGGAAGACGUGGAGAGUUUGAACACUGGAGUCUACGCUCCCGUCUGCUGGGAUCCAGUCAAGGAUGCGGAGUAGGAAAUUCCAUCAGCUGGACAGAAUAUACUGGGAAUAUAUAACUAUAGAACUUAUACCAAGCAGUUGCAUAGCUGGCAAUAUGUUGGAAUGUUGCAUGAUUAGAAUACAACUUGAACUACAGAA